CGCGUCUUGAUUGAGUCCAGUCUUUGAAGUUCUUCAGGGUGACAGUUUGAGACUGCUGCUGUGGAUCCGUCAGGUGUCGGACUCAAACUGCUCACAGACACUCUGAUAAAGGUUGUUUAGAGACUGUUUAUGUUUUUUCUUUUACUCUCGGUGGUAAUUUUGUUGUUUAAGCGCUAGAGACGGACCCGGACCCGGUUUCAGAGGACGGUUUGACGGUUUGACGGUUUGAAUGUGGGGUCUACGGUUCUGACAGAAUCCGCCUGUAAACGCACCAGGAGCGCACGUGGGGCUGGUGCUGAACGCAGUAGACUUGUGUCGGUCCUGAAACACAGGAAGAGGUGUGAAAACGGAUGUAAGACAAUGACCCACGCUGCGAACACGACCAGACACGGUUUGUUUUUAUCCCCACGACUUUAAUCUAACAUUUUAACCACACAUGAGACCCAGCAGAUAGCUUGUUUGCCGCUCUUCUGGAUUACUUUACUGUUCGCCGAAGUCUGACUGUGAACUGUGAGAGGAGGAAACAUGGGGACUCAGGGCACAGGACGGAAGAGGUCCACCAAGAAGGAGAGAUCCACAGCAGAGGACGAUGCCCUGAAUCUCAUAGCAAGAGAGGCCGAAGCCAGGCUGGCAGCAAAGCGGGCGGCCCGGGCAGAAGCCAGAGAGAUCCGGAUGAAGGAGCUGGAGAGACAGCAGAAGGAGCUCUCUGAUGAAGAUGAGCGGAUGUCAGUGGGAAGCCGGGGCAGUGUCAGGAGCUCCUUAUACGAGGACAGCCUCUGCAGCGGGUCACGGCGAGUCACUGGCUCUACCUCCCAUACGGAGGACAGAGAUUAUCUGGAGAAGGGAUCUCGAGCAGCGUCUGCCUUAACAUCAACAACCCUCACCUCGUUAGGCGGGACUUCCUCGCGGAGAGGAAGUGGGGAGACGGCCAUAACCGUCGAUGCUGAGACCUCUAUACGAGAAAUCAAGGAGAUUCAUGAGCUGAAGGAUCAGAUUCAGGAUGUGGAAACCAAGUUCACGCAGAACCUUAAAGAAGCAAAGGACACACUAGCAGAAGUGGAGGAGAAGUACCGUAAGGCUAUGGUAUCUAAUGCCCAACUGGACAAUGAGAAAAACAACUUGAUGUACCAGGUGGACACGCUCAAGGACUCACUCAUGGAGCUGGAGGAACUGCUGUCAGAGUCACGCAGGGACUACGAGGAGAAAGUCAAGGAAUACGAGCGAGAGAAACACGCCCACUCUGUGCUUCAGUUCCAGUUCAAUGAAAUGAAAGAGACGCUUAAACAAAGUGAAGAGUUGCUGAACAAACACGGGAUAGUUCUGGGACCUGAUCUUAAUAUUAAUGGAGACGCCAGUGAGACACAAGAAGGCGGCUCCCCAGGCGAAGAUCCCUCCUCCCCGUCGACUCAGGAGCCACAGACCACCCCGACAGAGGGGAACAGCAUGCUCGGCAAAACAAAGGAGACUCAAUUAAGAAGUGGCAGGAAGGAAAAGGUGGAUCUGGACCCCACUGGCUCCGAGACAAUCUGUAACGUUGCAGCAGAACAGAAGACUUCCUUAGCUGCACAGGGAGGCGGCAGCUUUAGUCAGAAGCAGAGUGCUGACGUGACUGACAGCUCAGUCAUGAAGGUUAUAGAUACCAUCGUUCGCAGCAGCAGUUUGGAGAAAAUCGUUGAAGAAACAGAAACGACAGAGGAGGGAGAAUCAGGAGAGACAAGAAACCAAGAUUUAGAGGAGAGAGAAAAAACUCUUGAGGAGCAAAGAGAGGAAAGUAAAACAGAUUCAGACCCUCAGCAAAAUGUCACUCAACAAAGUUUAGCCAAUGUGUCCCAAGAAGCUCAACAGGAGUCCGGCAAUACCAAGAAGGCAGAGACUGAGAAAGAAGAGGAAAGCAAACCUCAAGGCGCCACUUCUUCAGGGAAGAAGAGGAAGAAGAAGAAAAAAGGCAAAAAAAAAGCUGCAACGAAUGAGGACGACGGCCAACCGAAGGAUGUAACCCAAAAAGAAAAAGGCAAAACAGAAAAAGGACCACAGUCAGCUGCUUUAGACGGAAACAUAAACCCCAGAUUCUGCUGUUGGCCCGUCACUGAAACCCUGAAAGAGUUAAAAGGCAAUCAAGUGAAGAACAAGCAGGACAAGCAGAAAGGUAAAGAGGUCGGAGGAGUAGACGUAGCCAAAGCUGAUAAACCUGAAAAUCCGUAUGACCUUGUCAAAGAAUCUCAAACAGAUGACAAAGAACAAACUGAGAACUUAACUGAAGUAGAAGCUUUAGAACCUGCUGGGACCGCUGAAGCACCGCAGGAAGUUAGAGAUGAUGAUACCACUGAUCAGAAGAAUAAGCAGCAAAGCUUGGAAAAAGCAGAGGAGGCAACGGUAACCACUGAAACCUUUUUUCAAGUCGACACCCCAAAGAAGUCUGAAACAGAUCCCAAAAAAGAUCAGCAAAACAAGGAGGAAGUGAGAUCCACAACAAGCCCUCCUCCAGAAUGCAAUCUCUGUACUCCUGUUACAAUGAAUAACUCAAGAGAUGCUGAGAUUACUGAGGGUGCGGCCACCAGUCAAAUAGAUGAUGUUACAGAAAACAGCAAGGAACAAACUACAGAAAAAGAGAGCAGAGAAGAAGAAAUAGCAGCUUGUGCCUCUCCCAAUGAAAUAAGAGCCAAUCAUGUUACAGAUGUUAAGAAAGAGGAUCAAAGUUUGGACGUUAUGACACUCAGUGAAAGCUUCUCUUGUGCUGAUAAUCUCCAGGAAUCUAAAACAAAUUCAGUAAACGAACAAGACAAAGAUCAAAGUCUGGAAACUAUAGAAGAAGAAUCCACGACUAAUCCUGGAUCAGAAAUCAACUUUGGUGCUUCUGAUUUUGAAGACUCUCUUGAUGCUGAGAGCACGGGCUAUCCUGCCAAUCGAUGCACUUCAAGUGAAUACAACAGUGACAUCGACAACUCCACUAACAGCAGCAUCAUCCAGUCAGAGCUUCUGGACAGCACAGAGAGUGAAGCUGGGUCCAUCAAUGAGUUAAAGUCUGAAUGCACAGUUAAUAAUCCUCAGUACCCCUUUGAAACCAUCUACGAGGAAACCACAGAAACUGAGCUGUUUGUCCCGAGCGGCGCUGACGCUGUCCUUGAUGAAUCCACUAACAGUCUGGAGAGUUCAUUAGUGUACUCGUCUUCUACGGAUGCUCUCUCUGAUUGUCAGCAGAGCUUGUCUGGUUCAGAGCAGCCAUCAGAGAUGAUCUCAGAGCCUGUGGACGUGGACUCAGGCAGUGAACACACUCCCAUCGAGCUUUCUGAGAGAGGUUCAGAGGAAGAAACUGAGACGGUCAUCGAUCUUGCUGAAUCCAGAACAGAGAUGUUGUCAGAACCGGGGAACUUGGACUCGAGAAGCGUUGACACUCCCAUCGAGGUUUCUGAGAGAGUUUCAGAGGAGGAGGCUGAGAAAGACAAAGAUCCUGAAGAGCAAAGAGCAGAGCUGCUGUCAGAGCCUGUGGAUGUGGACUCAGGCAGAGACCUCACUGCCGUCAAGGUUUCUGAAAGAGUUUCAGAGGAGGAAGCAGAGAAAGACAAAGAUGAGGAGUCAAAAGCAGAGCUGCUGUCAGAGCCUGCUGACAUGGACUCAGGGAGCGACCACACUCCCACUGAGAGUUCUGAAAGAGGUUUAGAGGAGGAAGCUGACAUAGUUAAAGAUUCUGAGGAGGCAGGAGCAGAGCAGCUGUCACAACCUGCAGACAUGGACUCCAGCGGUGACAACACCCCUAUCAAGGUCUCUGACAAAGGUUCUGAGGAGGAAAUAGCGACAGUCAAAGAUAACAAAGACCCUGAAGCAGAGACUGCACAAGAAUCUUCUCCUCCUCCUCUUGAUGCCGAUCAGUCAGAGCUCAUACCAGACAGAGCAGCUCAAGAGGAGCUCAAUGGAGACCUGAGAGAACCUGAAGGUUUAGUUGAGCCAGACAGCUCUUUACAUGAUAAACUCAUUGAUGCAUCUGAUGCUGAAAAGAGUCCUUUGGAGGUUCUGGUUCAGACCAGUGAUUUGGAACUAAUACAGACAUCACAGUUUGAGGAUCUAACUGAUGAAUCACGAGCUGAACUGUCUCAAGAAACAGACGACAUCAACAUGAUCGAAGUGUUGGAUGCACCAGAUUCUCCAAAAGAAGGCGCUGAAUUCAGCUCGUCUCUCAAUCAGGACCAAAGUAUCGCUGAAGACGACCCAGAGCAAACGAACAGUCAAAGUGAGACGCACAUUUUCCCUUUGAUAGAUUGUCGGCACGAACCCUUGAAAGACAAGUCUGAUGAUUAUCAGAGGUCUGAGGGGUCGUCUCAGCCCGCACUGCUGGACAGUGAUGAAGACAACAGCGUCGAUGAAGAAGGACAGUCUUUUGAUUUUGAUGAUUUAGAUAUAGACGAUGCCAUCACAAUGAAUCUGACUGAAGAUCCCAAACAGAUCUCAAUCGUGGAGGGAGUGGAAGUUGUUUCAAUGGAAGGCAGCAAAGGCAGUUUAGAGUUGACCCAGAGCAACGCUGAGUCGAUUGAAAAUACUCUGAACAAGCUAGUUGAAAGCAACGAUAAGUGUACAAGUCAUCAGGUAGACCCACUACAUCCAGAUUCAGAUGCUGUUAGCCAGGACACACUAAACUCUUGGGCUCAGACUCUCGGGGAUACCUCCUCUGAAAACCUGGUGGAAGAUCAGGCGAAAAUCCUGGAGGAGGUAGGCGUCACAGAGGAGGCCAGGCCCAGCUCAGAGGAGGGGAAGCGUUUGAAGGUCGGGGAGUUGAGUUUUGUUAAACAGAAAAGUAGCCAGGCCACAUCUCUACCUUUAGAGGAGGGCUUAGAUGCUUUGAACGAUGAAGAUUCAGUUUCACUUAAGAGCUGGGACGUAGUGUCCAGCAACUCAGAGCUGCAGACGGGGAAAAGUUCAAAGAAGGGCAGCAAGAAAGGCAAAGGCAAGAACAAAGAGGACUGUAAGAUGUCUUAACUUAUUGAGCUAUGUAGAGUAGAUAGCAUCUUUAAUCUGCCCUUCACUCGUCUCUGAUUGGCUGUUUACAAAUUAGGUUUGUGCAAAACUCUUACAGCACUUUCACAAAAGAAAACUGGUGUAAGUUUGUAUAUAAUUUGAAUGAGCUAAAUACAAAUAGUCUGAUGCCCAGAGCUGAGUUCUUACGUAGUUACUUACUUUAAAAAGUAUAUUUGUAGAGAUGUUAGUUUUGGACACUGCUGCACUCACCAUUUUUUGUUUUGAUGCACAUUUUUCAUGCUGCUUGCCUUUUGUGAUGAAUAAUGUUGCUCUGUAACGGUUUAAGAAAAUGUUCGCCUCUGUCUGCAUUUCAAAAGUUACACAAUAAAUAACGUGCAUGUUAAUUUGGACUCUAAACGGACAACCUCCUACAUGUCGUGUCUGUUACGUGGUUUUAAACGGAGAAUGGUUUGAGAGCCUUUUCGGUUCUUUCUCAGUAAAAACUUCGGUUUCAUUUAAAGUUGUCAUCUCAAAGAUGUUAAAUAAAGUAAUGUUCAUAGACAUAGCAAAAGUGGAGUUAACAAAAAGGUGCUUGAGCUUACUGCCUACUUAUAAAAGCCAAUUUAUUCACAGUUUAUCUGCAUCAAACUGUUGUCUUGGACUUGGGGUACCAGGAAAAACAAAAUCACAACUGUUCAGGAACUUCAGGACCUGGCAGUAGCUGGUCAGCCAAAUACAAAAAGGCAAACAAACGAAAGAUUGAUGAUUAUGGUUCAUGCUGUUUAGAUGUAUCUUACUGAGUCUACAGUCGCCAAAGGUCUCAUCCCUGAGCUCUCUGAGAUCGCCUCUUUAAACACGUCUCCUUCUGUAAGAUUCUUAAGCACAGAGAACGUUUGAUAAAUGUUUGUUUGCAUUUUGUUGCACUUGAUGGAAACGAUGAAUGUGGUGCGUCCACUCUGAAACUUAAAUAAACUCUGAGCUUGUACUGAAA